UCUGUUCAAACGUUAAACAACACGAGUAGGGACGCCUUUUUCUACUUUUCCAGGGUUUUUAUAGAGACUUGUCAUUGCCUUACAAUACUAUACAACGCUACUCACUCUUCCAAGCUCUCUCUAAGCUCCAGCUUCGAUCUCUCAGCCACCGGUUCUUCGCUUUCAGAGAUGGCUUUCUCCGAGUUUUGUCCGUUGGAUGAGAAGUCCCUUGUAGAUUACGUAAAGGCCGUACCUGCUCUCUCCUCUAAGCUCGGAGACAACCUCGACGAUUUGACCAUUAAGGAAGUCGGAGACGGUAAUCUUAAUUUCGUCUACAUCGUAAUCGGCUCCUCUGGUUCUUUAGUCAUCAAGCAGGCUCUGCCGUACAUACGCUGUAUAGGGGAGUCAUGGCCAAUGACGAAGGAACGAGCAUACUUUGAAGCAGUGACAUUAAAAGAGCAUGGUCGCUGGUGCCCGGAUAAUGUUCCCGAAGUUUAUCAUUUUGACCGCACCAUGUCUUUGAUUGGCAUGCGGUAUUUGGAGCCUCCACAUAUAAUCCUAAGAAAAGGGUUGAUUGCUGGAGUUGAGUACCCACUGCUGGCUGAACACAUAUCAAAUUACAUGGCUAAUACUCUUUUUUACACAUCACUCAUUUAUCGUUCCACAACAGAGCACAAAAAUGCUGUUGCUGAAUUUUGUGGGAACGUGGAGUUAUGCAGGCUCACUGAACAGGUUGUUUUCUCUGAUCCUUAUAAAGUGUCUGAAUAUAACCGCUGGACUUCCCCUUAUCUUGAUCAUGAUGCUGAGGCUGUUCGGAAUGAUGAUGUUUUGAAGGUUGAAAUUGCUGAGUUAAAAUCCAAGUUCUGUGAGAGAUCCCAAGCGCUAAUUCAUGGAGAUCUUCACACUGGCUCUGUGAUGGUCACUCAUGACUCAACUCAAGUUAUAGAUCCGGAAUUUGCCUUUUAUGGACCAAUGGGUUUUGAUGUUGGUGCCUUUUUGGGGAACUUGAUUUUGGCUUACUUUGCACAAGAUGGACAUGCUGCUGGUGAAAAUGACCGUAAGAAUUACAAGGAGUGGAUUUUGAAGACAAUCGAGGAUAUGUGGAAUCUUUUCCGUAAGAAAUUCACAGCUCUUUGGGACAAGCACAAAGAUGGUUCUGGCGAGGCCUAUCUUCCUGCAAUUUAUAACAACUCUGAGGUUCAGCUCCUUGUUCAAAAGAAGUAUUUUGACGAUUUGUUCCAUGACACACUUGGAUUUGGUGCUGCAAAAAUGAUAAGGAGAAUUGUUGGUGUGGCACAUGUUGAGGAUUUAGAAUCAAUUUCUGAUCCUAGCAAACGAGCUACAUGUGAGAGGCGUGCUCUUGAUUUGGCAAAGCUGCUUCUGAAAGAAAGGCAUAAGUUUCACAACAUUGCUGAAAUUGUUUCAGCCAUUCGGAGCGUCCAGUAAUGACCAAUUUCUAAGCAUUACGGAAACAAAAUAUAAUGAUAACUGGCAUGAAAUAUCUGUUCCGAUGGAAAUGAUUUUGAAUGCCCGAAUAUGAAGCUUUGCAAAAUAAUAAAAUGUGUAAGCCUUUUUUUUUUUUUUUGUUAUUAGUGUUAAAUGGAAAGAAAUCUGAUUAUUGGUCGUUGGUUUGAUUCUCUA